ACUCCCGUAGUUGCCUGCUUUUUGGACCUGUCGAAGGCGUUCGAUACGGUGUCAUAUGACAUACUAUGGGAUAAGAUGGAAAAGGGCACGAGCACUCCGAGGGAGGUGAUUAACCUGUUUCGGUACUGGUACGGGCAUCAAACCAACCAGGUGAGAUGGGCGGGCGCGCACUCGGACGUGUACGGGUUGGAGUGCGGGGUGAGGCAGGGUGGACUCACCUCACCGCGCUUAUUCAAUCUGUACAUGGAUGAGCUGAUUGCUGGACUCAGCGGCACGAAGAUCGGAUGUUCCAUAGGUGGCACCACGGUGAACAACAUUAGCUACGCAGAUGAUAUGGUGCUGCUGUGUCCAUCAGUCAGUGCGCUAGUGAAACUCUUAAAGGUGUGUGAAGAUUAUGCGGUCGCUCAUGGUCUGAGGUACAACACAAGUAAAAGCGAACUGUUAGUUUUUAAAGCAGGUAACAAGGCUUUUGACGAACUACCACCUGUCAGCUUGUGUGGUGUCGCUCUUAAAAGGGUGACGCGCUUUAAGUAUCUCGGACACUGGGUGACCGAAAAUCUCCACGAUGACGUAGAUAUAGAGAGGGAGCGUAGGGCGUUGGCGGUGCGUUGUAAUAUGUUGUCUCGCAGGUUUGCGCGGUGUAAUGGGAAUGUCAAAGUAACGCUAUUUAAAGCGUUUUGCCAGACCCUUUACACGUGCAGCCUGUGGACAAAUUAUACUAAAAGAGCCCUCAAUGCCCUGCGCGUCCAGUACAACAAUGGGUUCAGGAUGCUGUUGGGACUGCCUCGUUUUUGCAGCGCGUCCGGAAUGUUCGCGGAGGCGCACACUGACAGCUUCGGUGCGAUAAUACGCAACAGAACUGCCUCUCUGAUGCGUCGCGUGCGUGACAGUUCCAACAGCCUCUUGCGCCUAGUGUUAGAGUCACCUGCUUGCGCCUUCUGGAAACACUGGGACGAUGUACAUAUGGGCUCCAGAGGCUUAGUAUAUAAGUUGUUAUAA